GUGAUUCAGUGACUUCCUUGUUGCGAGUCCCGGCCUGGCAGUGUCCGGACUCGUAUCCCUGCUGUCCUUGCUUGGCCCGCUACCCCGAGUACAGGUCACAGCCACAAGCCCACCUCGCCAGUCACCCUUUCAGUAUAGGUCCUUUCCCCGCGCGCUCCGUGCUAACAUGCCCAUCCCCAGCACCACCUCCUCUCUCUACCCCCUCCCCGAUGAAAUUAGGAACCUGUUGGCAGAUGUUGAAACAUUCGUAGCAGAUGUACUGAGAGGGGAAAAUUUAUCCAAGAAAGCGAAGGAAAAGAGAGAAUCCCUUAUUAAGAAGAUAAAAGAUGUAAAGGCCACAUAUCUUCAGGAAUUCCAAGACAAAGGUGAUGCAGAAAAGGGGGACGAAUAUGAUGACCCUUUUGCUGGGCCUCCAGAUGCAAUUUCCUUAGCCUCAGAACGAUGUGAUAAAGAUGAUGAUGCCCCUGCUGAUGGAAACCAGUUUCCUCCAAUUGCAGCACAGGACCUCCCUUCUGUUCUAAAGGCUGGCUACCUGGAAAAACGCAGAAAAGAUCACAGCUUUCUGGGAUUUGAAUGGCAGAAACGGUGGUGUGCUCUCAGCAAAUCAGUGUUCUACUAUUAUGGAAGUGAUAAAGACAAACAACAGAAAGGUGAAUUUGCAAUAGAUGGCUAUGAUGUCAGAAUGAAUAACACCCUUAGGAAGGAUGGAAAGAAAGAUUGCUGUUUUGAAAUCUGCGCUCCUGAUAAACGUGUCUAUCAGUUUACAGCAGCUUCUCCUAAAGAUGCAGAGGAAUGGGUGCAGCAGCUGAAAUUUGUAUUGCAAGAUAUUCAAUCUGAUAUUAUUCCUGAAGAUGAUGACGAAAGAGGAGACGUGUAUGAUGAUGUCGAUCAUCCUCUACCAAUCAGCAGCUCCCCAAAAAGUACUCAGCCAAUGGAAGAGGAAAUAUAUGAGGAACUUCCAGAAGAAGAAGAGGGCAAUGUUUCCGUGAAAAUGGAAGAACAAAGGAAAUUGAGUCCAGACAGUGUGCACCACCCCUCAGGAGAUAAGAGCACAGACUAUGCCAAUUUUUACCAAGGUUUGUGGGACUGUACAGGAGCUCUUUCUGAUGAGUUGUCAUUUAAGCGUGGUGAUGUGAUUUACAUUCUCAGCAAGGAAUACAAUAGAUAUGGCUGGUGGGUAGGAGAAAUGAAGGGAGCCAUUGGCUUGGUGCCUAAAGCCUACAUAAUGGAGAUGUAUGAUAUUUGAGAGUCCUGAAAAAGAAGAGUCUUCUGACUGUCUGCAAAUGCUUUUGAUUUAGAAGCCUCAGGAAUGCCCGAGUGACAGCUCAUAACCUUUCUUUGUUUUGUUGAAUGUCUUUGACUAUUACUUUAUAUAGAUGUUCAUUAAAAUAGUCCUCUGAUGUGAAAUUAAAUGAGGGGUAUUAAUGUAAAUUAGAUGCAGGCAGUUAAGUUAUACCUGUUGCUGUUUUUGCAAAGUAUUACAGUUUUUAUUUACCUGUUUGAUUGUCUGAAGAAUUCAUUACUAUCUUAUAUGGACCAUAUAGUCAUUGCUACUUCUAGUGUGAAUUGUAAUUUCACUUAAUCAUUGGACAUCAGUUACUUUUAGAGUGUAAUAUAUAAUUCCAUAGAAUUUUAUUUGAAAUUGUCAUGCAAGUUUUGGGUAGGUGCUAAAGAAUAUAUUUAUGUCAAAGCUUUAUAGAUAAUCUACUUUAGUAUUUUUCUUAUAGUAGUAAUGUGAUUCGAGAAAGAAAUUUUACAAAUUGGCAAAUUUGUUUCCUGUUAAGUGUAACCACAAGAAAGGAAAAAGCAAUGGAAUUACAAGUGGAAGUGUGCUGUCACUUGAAGUACAAGUGCAAACCGGAACCAUUUUUGUGCAGAGCACUUUACUGAAACAGAUAUUUUGGUUUGUUGAUGGAUUUGUCAAUGCUUUCUACCACAGUUCUAUUUAAAUUUAAUGAAUAACAGAUUCAUAAGAAACCCUCUUCUACCACUACAUAAUGUUGUAAACAAUCUCAAAAUAGUCUCAAAAGAAGAAGACAUAAAUAGGCACUCUUAUCAUUGUUAUGUUAUUAAAAUUCCACUGUAUCAGCAGAACUUCAGAUUGGAAUCUCCCCUGCAUUUGUUAGAACACUUAAAAGAAAACAAAGGUUCAGAGAGGAAAGGUUAGAAAUCACAGCGGGAACAUGUACCAACAGGCGAAAGCAAGGAGGUAGCAGUGACCUGACACUUGAGUUAUACUCAGUGCUGCUGGAGUGAGAGCUGAGGAAUCUUAUCAUCACCUUUCCCUGGGCUUUGAAAUCAGAAGUAUUUUAAAUGCUUAAUAAAUGUCAAAAUCCAAUACUGACUUGUUAUUUGGAAUAGACAUAAUCUCCUAAUACUAAUCAUUACUUAGCAAGUACUAGCUUUGUUGAACUUCUCAGAUCUUUGCUUUAUCAAAGAGUCUCAACAUACAAAUAAGCCGAAAACUGUUUACAGGCAAUAUUAGAGUGUUUAAUUUACAAUUAUCCCUUGAAUGUCAUGAUAAUCCAGUCUCAGACGUAAGGGGGAAAAGCCUAAUUUUAGGAAUUGUGAGUAAACUCAAGUUUGUAUAUAUUGACACAUCAAGUUGAGGGUUUUCAGAAAUGACAUAUGUAUAGUUGAUACCUUUUUCCUAAUAUGUCACCAUUGAAACAGGUGGAAAUCAUACUGGCAAAAGUUAGAUAGCUCAAGAAAAUCAUAGUGGACUGUUUUGCAAAGCUGGGUGACUGAGAAGCAAAAGCAGUUGUUGUCACCGGGCAUUGCUGCUUCGCUUGUUGAUACAGGAUUUGUGCCUCAAAUUUAAGUGAAGUUUUUAGUCCUGCGCCAGUAGAUGGCAGCAGCUUGUCAUUGCACACAGCGGCCCUUGGCACCCCUCCCCCACCCAAGCUUGCCCGGAAUGCGCAAGUGUUUGGGAGAUUUCCGCCUUCCUUACAGCUAAUCCAGGAGAGGGAGUCCUUUGCCAACUGAUGACCAAUACGUAAAAACCAGGCAGUCUCUCUUUGAAUGGUGACAGUACAGAAAUAUGGUGUUACUUCUGUCCAGAGCUCCUCUGGCCUUUGUUCUUUUUACACUUGCGUAUAGGUGGAAGAGAUGGGAAAGGAAACAAAAGAUGUAAAAUGGCAGUGACAGAAAAAAUAAUCGUCACUUUCAAUUCAUGACUACUUUAUAUUCAUUUGAUGAAAUCAUUUGUAUACUACCAGGGAGAAACUUUUCCUUACACCCUUGACAAUAUAUUACAUACUCUUCAAGAUCAUAAUAAUAUCAUUAAUGUGAAUUCAAACAACAUGGCUUGUUAGAAAAUAUGCUAAUUGUUAUGUUCUCAUUAUGUUUGCUUAGAGCUUUUAUUUGUUUUUCUAUGAACAGUUAGAGAGCUAAUUUUUUCAAAGGUGAUUGUAAGUCAUAUUUUAUAUAGCAUUUUGCUUGAUUAUUUGCUCUGUACUGAAUUUGUACUCUAUUGCCAUUAGAUCUUACAAUAAUGUUCCACUCUGCAAAUUUUUAAGGUUCAAAUAAAGUUUAAUUGUUUGCAAA